AAUUCUCCCGGCAAAAACCUGAUGUAAUUUCGGUAUCAAAGCUUUCCGAAACAAUUAUGAAAAAAAUUAUGGAUGAUAUUGGAAUAAAGACUGCAAAGUUAUCGGUGGAAGACUUUCUACCACUUGAACCCGUGUCAUGCGAACCAUUCAGAUGGGAUAUAGAACAGGAGGAAGUUCAACAGAUGCAAGACGUCGAGAAAUGGUUUAAGAAUGUAUUAAGUCUACCAAGGAAUUUCCACGUGAAAGAUGUCCACAAACAAGUAAACUUUCAACGACAUUUGCGAGGUGCGAACACUAUUAUAACAGGUGGUGCCGAUAUAUCUGUCGGACCAAGUGAGACAGCUUGCGUUUGGAUUGAAAUUAAGAAAACAUUUGAGGAUUUUAAAGAGGGUCAAGCCAUGGGAGAGUUAUUCUUAAUAGAUAAACUUCAUCCUACAAAUGCAAUGACCGUCUUAACGGAUUGCAAUGAUAAUUGGAUUAUUUACUUCUUCCUGAAAAUAAAUGAAGAACAAUACAUGGCAACAUCUAGAAUUGAUGAUCGUGGUACCGCCAUGGCGAUAAUUAAACAGUUUGUGCUUGAAGAAGGACAAAAUUUUCACAAUUGGAUAGGAAAGGACAUCACCUAUCAAGUAGACUUGCCUGCGCCUCUUAAAAAGAAAACAAAAUUCCUCGAAAGCAUAACUGAAACAGUUGAUGCCAGAAUGGCAGACAUGGUCGGCGACAUGUCAGAACAGGAAUUAUUCAACAUGACGGCACGAAAAAGGUUAAUGUUGGUAAGAGAUUACUGUAGAUUGGAUGAACAGCCACAAUUGGAUCAACUUAUUAGGCAGUUUAGUGAUAAUUAUGAAAAUCAACCACCGAUGAUGGUCCAUAAUUACGCAGGACCACCUCACAUGGCCGAAUUCGAUUCUUGGACCGGGUGCAAAUUAUAUCAUAUAGCCAUGCUUUGCCUCU